AUGUCUACAGAAUUUGAGACUAUGUAUCAUUCAAAAGACCAUCUCGGUUCACCUUCUUCUAUACUCUAUCCCGACUAUGAAGCAAUCGAAGCCACGGAACUAUCCUACAUCUCACAAGCAUCAUCUUCCACAAACUCUCUUCCCGUGUAUACAGAAAUAUACAACAAAGGUCAAUCCGCGCAUCUCUAUACCACAGUAGCCGACUUUUAUCCUACCAAACAAUUUCAGAUACAAGCCUCCGGAAUCCCCCUCAUCAAACUACCGGUACCCCCGCGGCCAGAUCCAAUCUACACUUUCAACGUCUCACCAACAGGAGAAAUCGAAGAAGCCGAAUACGUCUCCAUUCGACCAGCUCGUAAAUCAGGAUCAUGCUUCCUAGCCCGAGCAGACGAUCGUGCGCAGAAACCACUCUGCACGACGACAUACCGCUAUGGGCCGGGCAACCCCCCCAAGAUCCGCCUUGACACAGAGACCUCGCAGGGCAGGCAAGCAGAGGAUAUAGAGAUCAGCUGCAAGGGCAUAAUGACCCGCAGCGUGGUCAUGCGAACGCAUCUCGGCACCUUUGAAUGGCGAUAUAGUUCCCGCGCUGAACGUCGCGCCUUUAUGGGCGAGAAAGCCGACUCUCUGCUCAUUCUCGAGCAGGUGACCAAGGUAGCCGUUAAGAGGGGGAAACAAGAGGAGCGAAGACGCAAGGUUGGGCAUUUUGUGCGCAACAGUGGAGUUCGCACGCCCGGUUCUAAUAGGAGUACAGCUGGAAACGGAGGGCGACUUAUGCUUGAUCUGCAGGAGUGGGUGGACAGAAAGGAGGAAUGUGCCGAAAUGGAAAUACUUGCUGUGGCAAGCUGUAUAUCCAUGUUGAAGAAGGAAGUUGAUAGAAGGAGGGUGCAUCAGACUAUGGCGAUGAUGGGGGGUGGCUCCUAG